AGGAGGGACACACCCGGUUGGGAGAAGGGGAAAAAGCGGUACGCAUAUCUGGUUCGGAGACGUUUUUGAUACUUCUGAGUAUCCGUAGUACGGAAGCUGAUGGCGGUUUUGUUUCCUUCGAUGGACAUUAAGUAAAGUCAGGUAUGGCUCAUCCUCAGCAGUCCGCGACCCUGCCAGGAGGGCCGGAGUCCGCCUCCGUAGGGGUUACUGUCAGCGGCAGUGUGCAGAAGUAUGCCAUCAAGAAGAAGAAGAUCCUCAACGCCGAGGAGAGCGAACUCUUCGAGCUGACCCAGGCAGCUGGGAUUGUCAUGGACCAAGAGGUCUUCAAGAUCAUUGUGGACCUGCUGAAGAUGAACGUUGCCCCGCUGGCUGUCUUCCAGACCCUGAAGGCCAUGUGUGCGGGCCAGCGCAUUGCAGAGUCCUCAGCCGGGGACAGUUCUGUGACACCUCAGCCUCCCACUGCUCCCCCAGAAGCCAGAGUGGACAGCUCUGUUUUGUCUGGCAAGAGCAGUAAAAUCCCUGCACCUCUCCCUCAGUCCUCUGGCUUGCGGCCGGCGAGAGUAAACACAAAGAUUGUGGUCUACAGCCCAGCUGACUCUUGCUCGCCUCUCUCUCAAGCCGUGCGCAGCAAGACGGGCCCGAGCCACGGGGAGAAGAACGCACGGGACGGCUCCAGCCAGAGGGUGCCACGCCAGCCCAGCGCCUCCCGGGGCCCAAAGAGCGGAAAGAGUUCUGGCAGUAGCAGCUCCUCCUCACAGCUGACAUCCAGCUAGGGUGUUUCUGUAUGAGCGCCCCCCUCAGCUUCGGUGGUCUUAUUGCAGCUAGCCCAGAGGGGGGGGGGGUUAUCCUUCAUUAACUAGGCCAGUACCGCUCAGAAAGCCACCGUCCAGACAGUUUGAGUGGACAGUGAACUUGACUGAUCGUUUUUUGGGCCAGUAGCGUGUUUUACAGAGCCGGACUUGCCUGUUAUCUGCCAGCUUGCCCUACAGUUUCUUAAUUUUCCAUCACAACAACCAGUUAUAUUUCUGGCUUAUAAAACUUUCAACAAAAACAUUAAGGUCAUAUUAAAAACCAAAAAUGAUGAAUUAGGCCUCUUCAGGGCCAUGGUUGACGCCGCCUCUUUUCACUAUUUGGUUACUCAGGCUAUCUAGUAGGUAAAUUCCUGUGUUCAAGAACACGUCACCUUUUAUUACAUGUGAACGCUUUCAUCAAGCAUGUUGAUUUUCUUAUUAAUCCUUGUGUUGUCAAGAAGCAAAAUACACAUCCCUGGCAUAGGGGCUUAGCUUUUACUUGGAAUGAACAUUGCAUAUUUUGACUUUCCCUUUGCAGUUCAUAUUUUUAUAUAUCUUGUUUUAUGUACUUUGGUUUUAAUCUUUAUGGUAGGUCAUUCAGAAAAUAGCCAUGCCCUUUGUUUUUUUUGAAAAAUUGCAAGCACUUUUGUAAGAUAUUUGAAAUAAACAUUACGUCUUUGUG